AUGGAGAUCGGCGGCGGCGGCGUGGGGCGGAUGAAAAGGGAGGGUGAGAUGGCGACGGAAGUGAGGGGGCAGGGAAGCACGCUCAUGUUAACACUGAACCAGGAGGUGGAGGUGCGUGCUGCCGCGAAGCUCACCAAGGAAAGUAUCAGCCAGCAGAUCCAAGUCCUGGAGAAGAACAUGACUAAGAUGGGACGUCGCGGGUCCGCAGGUCACAAGGAUCUGCUGCAGUUGCAAGAUGAUAUGAUGGAGGUGUCGCGAAGGAUCUUAAGUCGGGUCGAUUCUUUGCUCCGGUGGAGCUGCUUCCGCGCGAUCCAGCCCCCGACGAUUAGCGAUGAGACCGAGAUGGGCAUCCCGGCGACGACCCAGCGCCGGACUGGCGAUGAUGAUGGAGAGACACAUACGGUGCCGAGGAUCCGCGGCGAAGGCGGAUCAGUGCAGGUCAGUGCGCAGCGUUUCGAGGAGCUGCUGGUUACUAUCUUCAUAUCCAUGGCCAGAAACAUGUCUGCGGCGGCGCCGGGGUCCGGCUUAAAAUUGAACUCGCUCUUGUCGCCGAUCGAUGAGCUGUGGGAUGACAUGCGCCAACUGGUCUCAACAGAGACGAAAUUUCUAGCGACGUGCGUGUUUACUCGUGAGCCCUUGGCACACUGUAUCUCCACAUUGCAGUUGAUCUCGGCAGUUUUCGACUGGCUCUCUGGAUGGGUACCGGCUUUCACUAUGAAAUUGCUAUCCAUACGCGAAGAUGAGGACAUGGAGUGGGAUGAGGAUGAGGAUGAGGAUAAGAAGAUGCAGAUGAUUGAGGAGAGCAACUUCGCUAACUACAUUAGUCGCUGGGAACGCACAUGCAGUAACGGCUGCAGCUUCGAAGACACGACAUUGUUGAGCUCCAUGCUCUUUACACACUACAUACCAGGCCACGCCCCAUUGGAUGCUGGCUGCCAGCGGACCAUGCAGAUCUACUCCAUGAAAGUUGCAAAAUUAGAAGGCCACAGCUGGCCACUGAAGGUGUAUGGUGUGGUCGCCGCCCGAGAUGUCGUGGACAAUCGUCGUAACAUUCUCUUCUUUCGCUCUAGGGAUGACUACCAACUCCUCACAGAACAUGAUCCUUUUUUGCACUUGACUGGCCCAUCUCGAGCAAUAAUCUCUACGGACACUGUCAAGAUUGAGAUCCAACUAAAAUUAAAGGGUACAACAAAGUCUGAAGAUAGAGCAUUGAUCAGUAAAGCCUUCUCUUAUAAUGGUGAUGUUGGUGAUACUUUUUCUACGCGUCACCUCAGUGGCCACUUUUGCACAAUAGAGUUGUGCUGUGAGCAUCUUGAACGCUCCCUCCAAGCCACUAUCCUUAGUAUCCGUGUUCUAGAGGGCUCAAUGCCUUGUGAAAAUGGCAUCCGAGUUGUUUGCUCCUCACUGCCUUCUGAGAGCCCAUCUGAGCAUGUAUUGUUGUUUGCUUCAAAAGCUGGAACAAAUCCCGUGGGUGAAGGGGGCUAUCUAGAUCUGUCAAGGCAAGUUAUUUCGGUAAAAAGACAAGGAAGGCUGGAAAUUCUCGUGGAGAUCUUGGAACAAUCUGGCUGCACAAGUCAUUGCUUUGUCUUCACACCGGAAUCCAGCAACGUAAGUCAAAAAGAAUUUAACCUUGGUGACUGUAAAUUGGAGAUUACUGUUGCUUGGUCCCUCCUUAUUGGUGACCAACGGUAUAUCUUGAUGAUGGGGUAUAUAGAGCCUUACUCACCAAUUCCGCAUAUCCCUUUAAUGGAGCUUGGAGAAUGAACUUUGUUUCUUAACUAUGGUCAUGUUGGCUGUCAAUGUGCCUGGUAUUCAGUGUUGCGUAGCUGUAGCAAGUGCCUAUUUUGGUCUUCAGCUACUUAACUGUAAUUUGUAUGAAAAUUCAAAAGAAAAAACUCUAAUUUGUAUGCUGGCAC